AGGCGUUAUGGACAGAGCUAAAGAAAACUGCAUUUCGGGGCCUGUUAAGGCCACAAUUCCACUUGGUGGUGGUCCAAAACGUGUUCCAGUGACUCAGCAAUUUCCCUGUCAGAAUCUGUUAUCUGCAAGUAGUGGCCAGGCCCAGCGUGUCCUGUGUCCCUCAAAUUCCUCCCAGCGCUUUCCUUCACAAGCACAAAAGCUUGUCUCCGGUCACAAACCGGUUCAAAAUCAGACGCAGAAGCAAUUGCAGGCAAACAGCGUUCCUCAUCCUGUCUCCAGGCCACUGAAUGACACCCAAAAGAACAAGCAGCCCCAGCCGUCAGCACCUGGAAAUAAUUCUGAGGAGGAACUGGCAUCAAAACAGAAAAAUGAAGAAUCAAAAAAAAGGCAAUGGGCUUUGGAAGAUUUUGAAAUUGGUCGCCCACUGGGUAAAGGAAAGUUUGGUAAUGUUUAUUUGGCAAGAGAAAAACAGAGCAAGUUUAUCCUGGCUCUUAAAGUGUUGUUUAAAGCUCAGCUGGAAAAAGCAGGAGUGGAGCAUCAGCUCAGAAGAGAAGUGGAAAUACAGUCCCACCUUCGGCAUCCUAACAUUCUCAGACUGUACGGUUAUUUCCAUGAUGCCACCAGAGUUUACCUAAUUCUAGAAUAUGCACCACUUGGAACAGUCUAUAGAGAACUUCAGAAACUUUCAAAGUUUGAUGAACAGAGAACUGCCACUUAUAUCACAGAAUUGGCAAAUGCCCUGUCUUACUGCCAUUCAAAGAGAGUUAUUCAUAGAGACAUUAAGCCAGAGAACCUGCUGCUUGGAUCAGCUGGAGAGCUUAAGAUCGCAGAUUUUGGCUGGUCAGUACAUGCUCCAUCCUCCAGGAGAACCACUCUCUGUGGCACCCUGGACUAUCUGCCUCCCGAGAUGAUCGAAGGUCGGAUGCAUGAUGAGAAGGUGGAUCUCUGGAGCCUUGGAGUUCUUUGCUAUGAAUUUUUAGUUGGGAAGCCUCCUUUUGAGACAAACACAUACCAAGAGACCUACAGAAGAAUAUCACGGGUUGAAUUCACAUUUCCUGACUUUGUAACAGAGGGAGCUAGGGACCUCAUUUCCAGACUGUUGAAGCAUAAUCCAAGGCAGAGGCCAGCUCUCAGAGAAGUACUUGAACACCCCUGGAUUACAGCAAAUUCAUCAAAACCAACAAAUUGCCAAAACAAAGAAUCAACUAGCAAAUAGUCUUAGGAAUCAUGCAGGGGGAGAAAUCCUUGAGCCAGGGCUGCUGUGUAGUCUGUCAGGAACAUGCUACUGAAAUUCAUUUUUACUAUUGACUGCCUCCUUCAAUCUAGAGUGCUACAGGAAACGUUAUUUGUCUUACUGAGCAGGCAGUGGCUCUGCCUCCCUAUUCAGAAAGCUCCACGUCAAUAAACAUGACACUCUGAAGUGAAAGUAGCCAUGAGAAUCCUGCUGCUUUACUGGUUCAUAAUGUGGAGGCAAGGUUCGACUGCAGCCACCCCACAGCCUGUGCCAGGCAUGGUGUCCCUGCAGGAGCAAGUCGAGUCUGGUUGGUGGGGUAAGUGACCACUUUGCCCCGACUUGAUCAGUUAUGGAGCUGUGCAAUAACCUUCCAAGUACCUGAGUGAGUGUGUAAUUUAUUGGGUGGCCAAGCCUAAGUAAAGCUGUUGGAAUUAAUGUGAUUCUUCUCCCAUGGCAUUCCCUUGGGAAUGGUCUCAGUGUCAGUCCAGCACCCCUGUAGGCCUGGUUGGGUUUCAAGUUCUCCUUAACCAUUUAUAUACCAUGAGACUUUAUAAAAUAGGAACACGUGCUCUACCUCCACUUUGGGACUUGGCUUGGGAUACAGAAGAAACCAUGUGUCUCAGAGUCAUUAAGGCUUGUUUUUUUAAUUAUAUUGGAGUUUAUGGCAUGUGUGUAAACUUUAAAUAUGCAAAUAAAUAAAUAUAUAUGUCUA